AUGACGUGGUUUUUGAUUGAUUUCCUCUUCUAUGUGUCCGGAUUUCUUUAUUAUAUGAGCGCAACAGUAAAUCCGAUUUUGUAUAGUUUGAUGUCUGCUAGAUUUCGACGUGCAUUUAUAUCUACAUUUAGAAUAAAACAGACAAGAGCAGAAGAUGUGUCGUAUAUUCAUCCGAUAGUUUCAGUAAGGAUUGUUAA